AUGUCCAACACAACACCUAUUCCAGAACCACCAGGGCUCCCAUUCCUCGGUCACGUCGCCGAACUUGACAGAGAACUUCCUUUACGUUCAUUCGUCGGGCUUGCCGAUAAGUAUGGCGAGAUAUACCGACUACGUCUUCCAGGACGAUCUGUAGUAUUCACAUCAAGCCACCGUCUUAUUGAUGAAGUUUGUGAUGAGAAAAGGUUCAAGAAGAUCCCGAAAGGUGCUCUUUACGAAAUUCGAAAUGGUGUUCAUGAUGGUUUAUUCACCGCCAAAGUAGAAGAGCCAAAUUGGGGCAUCGCCCAUCGAGUUCUCAUGCCCGCGUUUGGCCCCAUGUCGAUUCGGGGCAUGUUUGAUGAAAUGCAUGAGAUUGCAACCCAAUUAACUAUGAAAUGGGCUCGAUAUGGCCCUAGUCACCCAAUCGAAGUUACGGACGACUUCACUCGGCUUGCGCUUGAUACCCUCGCUCUUUGCUCGAUGGGCUAUCGUUUCAACAGCUACUAUACAUCAGAGAUGCAUCCUUUCCUCGCAGCCAUGGGUGACUUCCUCACCGAGUCAGGCAACAGGCCGAAUAGAACGAUGCCCUCUUGGUUCUAUCGAAAUGAAGACACCAAAUAUUGGAAAGACAUAGAAACCCUACGGAGGACGUCGGAUGAAGUUCUUCAAGAGCGUAAAAAGAACCCCUCCGAACGAAAAGAUUUGCUUAGUGCCAUGCUCAAGGGCGUGGAUCCGAAGACUGGAGAGCAUAUGACCGACGAGAGUAUCACCGACAACCUCAUUACGUUUCUCAUCGCAGGGCAUGAGACAACGUCUGGAUUACUUUCCUUCGCUUUCUACGAACUUCUCAGGCACCCCGAGGCCUAUCGCAAGGCUCAGGAGGAGGUCGACACGGUCAUUGGAAAAGGACCCAUCACAGUGGAGCAUAUGUCAAAGCUCCCCUAUAUUGCAGGCAUAAUGCGUGAGACCCUUAGAUUAGAUGCACCGAUUCCGCAGAUCGGAGUUACGUCUAAGGAGGACACUCUUCUUGCGGGCAAGUAUCCAGUAUACAAGGACGAGCUCGUGUCUUUGCUCCUUAAGAAGGCACAUUUAGACCCGGCUGUCUAUGGUGAUGAUGCACAAGAGUUCAAGCCGGAGCGUAUGCUGGAUGAACCAUUUAAUAAGCUCCCAAAGAACGCAUGGAAACCCUUUGGCAAUGGACUCCGAGCGUGUAUCGGUCGUCCAUUUGCUUGGCAGGAAGCGACAUUGGCUAUAGCCAUGCUUUUACAGAGCUUCAAUUUCGUGGCGGAUGAUCCGUCGUAUAGCUUAGCUCUGAAGCAGACGCUGACCAUCAAGCCUAAAGGCUUCCGUAUGAGAGCAACCAUCCGUGACGGACUGACACCCAGCCAACUCGAACAUCGUCUAGCUGGCAAGGAGUCACUAGCAGACUCCAUCAGCUCGCUCUCGGUCAAAGAUUCUGUUAAAUCUACCGGUGAGGGCGGUGGGAAGCCCAUCACAAUAUUGUACGGAAGCAACAGUGGUACUUGCGAGUCUUUCGCGCAAAGAGUAGCUAGCGACGCGUCGCGCUACGGAUUCACUGUUUCUAAGAUCGAUAUCUUAGAUACUGCGAAUGGAAACCUCCCAAAGGGACAACCGGUGAUCAUAGUCACUGCAUCUUACGAGGGGCAACCUCCAGACAACGCCGCCCAUUUCGUCUCAUGGGUUGAGAGUAUCAAGGACAAGAAGGCACUCGAGGGUGUACACUACACCGUUUUUGGUGUUGGUCACCACGACUGGGCCCAGACUUUUCACAGGAUACCCAAGUUAGUCGACCGCAAGCUUGAAGAAGCCGGUGCCACCCGAGUCGCGGAUAUGGGACUUACCGAUGUUGGAAAUGGCGAUGCAUUCACCGAUUUCGAAACAUGGGAGGAUGAAGUUCUCUGGCCGGCGUUUAAGAAACAAUACGGAACCUCUGAUGACACAUCCGAUCUAUCGCAAGCGGUCGGCCUUAAGGUGUCAAUCACGAGCCCGCGCACAUCUACCUUGAGACAGGACGUCCACGAAGGCCUGGUGGUUGAGAGUCGGACGUUGACAGCCGAAGGAGAACCUACUAAAAAGCAUAUCGAAAUUGUGCUCCCUAGCGACGAGACAUACCGAGCUGGAGACUAUCUCGCUGUGCUGCCCAUUAACCCCAAGCAGACAGUCGAGCGAGCCAUGCGCAGAUUUCAUCUUCCAUGGGAUGCGCAUAUUACCAUCGGCAGCGAUGGGAUGACUUCCCUCCCGACGAACACGUCGCUACCUGCUCAUAGUAUAUUCGGUGCUUACGUCGAACUAUCCCAACCUGCGACCAAGAGAAACAUUGGCGUUCUUGUCGAAGCUGCGAAGGAUGAGAGUGAGAAGGAAACUCUUAAGAAACUCGCAAGCGACUCCUACGAAGAUAUCUCAACCAAACGCACCUCGGUGCUAGACCUCCUAGAGAAGUACGAGUCGGUCGACCUACCUCUCGGCGCAUUCCUCGCAAUGCUUCCACCGAUGCGUGUACGACAAUACUCCAUCUCCUCCUCUCCCCUGUGGAACCCAUCCCACGUAACCCUCACCUUCUCCGUUCUCGACUCGCCCUCCAAAUCCGGACAGGGCCGCUACGUCGGCGUCGCAUCCUCAUACCUCGCCUCCCUCGCCGCAGGUGACAAACUACACAUCUCAGUGCGCCCCUCGCACGCAGCCUUCCACCUGCCCCAAGACGUCGAAAACACGCCCGUGAUCUGCGUUGGCGCCGGCACCGGCCUCGCCCCCUUCCGCGGCUUCAUCCAGGAACGCUCCGCCAUGGUCGCUGCCGGUCGCAAGCUUGCCCCCGCUAUGCUGUUCAUCGGCUGCCGUGCGCCCGGCAAAGAUGAUUUAUACGCGGAUGAAUUAGAAGCGUGGGAGAAGAGCGGUGCUGUCACCGUUCGUCGCGCGUAUAGCCGUGCUCCGGGCGAGAGUGGUGGCAGCAAAUACGUGCAGGACGCCUUGAAGGCGUCUGGGGAGGAGGUCACGAAGUUGUGGAAGGAUGGGGCGAAGCUUUUCAUUUGUGGCUCUAGGGCUGUUGGGGAGGGCGUCCGCGAUGCGAUUAUGGAGUUGAUGCAGAGUGAUGUUAAGGGUAGACUUGGGAAGGAGGUUGAUGGGGAAGAUGCGGCGAAGUGGUGGGAGGGGCUGCGGAAUACUCGGUACGCUACUGAUGUUUUUGAUUGA